AUGGCUAAACUUGGUAAUCUUGAUAAUGAUGGCAGCUUUGUACAGGUAGAGGAUGAAGCUGAGGGGGAUUCUGAAGGAGAAGCUGAGAUCGAGAAUGAGCAAUCCGGCACCUCGCCAGGUAAUGGACCCCAGUUGAAUUCUACGUCGGUUAAGACAGAUCUUGUUAACGAUGAUUUCGACAGCAAGAUACAGCAGAAUCUUUUGUUGAAUAGAAUCAAUGCAGAGACCAGCAAGACGUCUUCCGGGCGCAGACGGACGAGUUGUAGUACCACUGCCACCAGCCUGACUACUAGCACUCAAGAUACCCACAGAAGCUCCCACAGAAGUCAAUCAGCUGAACCGAAUGCACUGGCCUUGGGGGGACAGAGUGUCCGAGAAGUUGAGAGGUCAUCUGAUGUUGGUCCUGUGGCUUCAUUUUCUGUUGGAAAAGUCGACAUGAAAAUUCCAGCCAGCCGACAAUCUGCCAAAGGGCGCAACAUCCGAGCAUCAUCAAACAGUGGCGUCUCUGGCAAUGAUGCUGAGGAUGAAUCUAACCGAUCGUCAGAACCACAAUCAAUGGCCCUCACGUCCAGUCGAAGCAUGGCAGAUCAAUCGAUGAAGAAGAAUGGUACUCAAUCCGAUAUGGCGGCCUUUCGUCGCUCCUCCAGAAAAGAUGCCAAAGAAGACCCUAUUGGCGGUAGGGUGACUGCACUCUCUUCUUCUCUUAGUUCGACGUCCACUCUCACUGUGAGCACUUUGACCACCAGCACCUCUGCUGGGUCAAAGGCAGGGCUAAAUCAUGUCAAUCGACAAGAAUGGGAAGUCAAACGGAACUCAUUGAGGCCUAACACUGACGCAGUUACAAGUACUGCCCCACCUGACAAAGUUCACCGCCGACCACUGACAAAUCCCAUUGCUAUCCCCACACAUCCACCACCGGCGGAACCAGAACUAGUCGUUGCAACACUCGUCUCUGAUGAUAAUAUGGACUCGUCAUCAUCUGCUGACACGUCCGAGAGAAAUCGAGACUCCAUCGAACCAAUGCCUCCACUCCCCGAGGAGGACCCCAACCUGGUCACGGUGCAUGCUACACCUGAAAAUUUGGAGGAUUCGGUGAUGGAUAUUCUGAAAAGCCACAAAGGGCGGUGUUUCAUCCUGGUCCUUGUUGUUUUCGUGGCAGUUGUGACCGGUGGACUUGUCAUUGGGAUAUCGGCAGGCAGAUCAAAACCACACAACAUUCAUUUCAAUGAUACGACAGCAAACACCAACGAUCCUUCCGCCAGUCCUUCCCACACGACAAUGACUCCUAUGAGGAUGCCUUCCAUGCCACCCACCAUGAUGCCGUCGAGUGCUCCUUCUUUGUCGAUGCCCCCUUCGACCGAAUUUGUUGGUUACGCCGUCGACAACUUGCUUCCCAACUAUACACUGAGUGCUCUUCAGAACUCGUCCUCACCUCAAUUCCACGCACUACAGUGGCUUCAGAACGAGCAUUCUCCAGAAUUACUUGCUAAUCUUACUGAUGAAAGAUUGAUUCAGCGUUUUUCUCUCGCAACCCUCUUUUAUGCAACAAACGGAGAUCUCUGGAUGAUUAGAUCACGAUGGAUGUCUCCCACAGUUCAUGAGUGUGAUUGGUGGUCCCAUGCGGAGGUUCUCGGGGCCACGCCUCAACCAAUUUGCAAUAAAAAUGAAGCCUACAUUGCACUCUUGCUGAGCAAAAAUCUCCUCAAGGGCACUUUACCUCCAGAGAUUGCACUUUUGAGUUCCCUCGAAGAGAUCCGAUUCGAAUCCGACGCAUUCAGGCCCAAUGAAGACAAAAGAAAUCUUUAUUUGUCAGGGCCCCUUCCAUCAGAGCUAGGGCUGCUGUCCAAUCUACGGAUCCUGGAUGUCAGCAAGAAUGCUCUCUCCUCGACAAUACCAAGUGAGCUAUUCGACAAGGCCAACUCUCUUGUUUCCAUCCACCUUCUGGAGAAUUACCUUACAGGUUCGAUACCCUCGGAACUAGCUCUCUCGACAGGACUAGAGCGGCUAUUUUUGUACGACAAUGCUCUGACAUCGUCUAUACCGUCGGAGCUGGGAUUAUUGUCAGCCUCUUUGCUUCUGUUCAAGGCCUACAAAAAUGGACUCUCUGGAUCUCUCUCUACCGAGCUUGGGUUGCUGACGAAGCUAACAAGUUUGGAGAUAGGGGAGAACCGCUUGACGUCAAGCAUUCCGAAGGAAGUGGGUUUUCUCAGUUCUCUCAGAUGGUUUGGGCUGAAGCAGAACAAGUUGACGGGAGAGUUGCCCCCGUUUGCAAAUCUUCGCGAGGUGCAGCAGCUUCAUUGGGAAAGCAACCAACUGUCAGGGUCCAUCCCAACUUCCAUUGGAAACAUGACCAACUUGAAGAAGCUGUUCUUGAACGACAACAAACUCUCCGGUUCCAUCCCUUCGGAAGUAGGCAAGCUCGCUAGAAACGAGGGAAUUCGCUUGGACGACAAUGACAUGAUUGGGGAAGUUCCCAGUGAAGUUUGCGCACUCCAUGAGACUGGUAGUCUGAAGUUUAGCAUCUGGGUUGACUGUGAACAAGUGCUUUGUGAGUGUGGAUGUUGCCAUGGCUGUCGAUGCGAAGAUCGAAACAUCACGUCGAUAUUCGGCGGUGGUCCUUCGUCACUAUCCAACGGUCCCUGA